AUGAGGUGGCUCUUGGGCAGCAGCUUGAAACAUUUUGGACAUGCUGACAGGGGGAACUAUGACUGGCUAAACAGUGAACCAGGUGGGCCACUUCUGGAAACAGAGCUUCAGAGCAGACAGCAGACAAGCUCAACCAAAGACGACAUAGAGCCAUUCCUGUGUAUCAUAUUGCCUGCCACCAUGAUGCUCUUCCUGGCAUUCCUGCUGCUCUUCCUGUACCGCCGCUGCCAGCGCCCCGCUCAGCAGGGGCAGAUCUUCAGCAUCGACCUUCCCGAGGCCCUGCCCGAGCACGACGUGCCCCAUUUCCUCUCCGCCCUGCCCUGGAGCAGCGAGCAGAGCUUCCACUACUCCACGCUGCUCCCUGAUGCCACCUUCCUCUCGGUGUGUUUGCCUCCAUCGUACGAGGAGGCCACCAUGAAGACUUCCCUGGAAGAGGCUCACGCUGAGCCCUCUCCAGACCCAGUGCCUCCCUACGAAGAGAGCACGCUGCAGAGCAGCAGCACCAAAUGA